GGCAGCCGUUACCCGCUAAACCCUGGGACACUACUCCUUGGAAAGUAGAGGAGGAGAGAGCAACCUGGAGGAGAGGUUGACAGCAGGGACACAGACGACACUUACGAGCAUACAUCUUUGAACUAUGCAAGCCACUGCAGCGUUAGAAACAGAUUCUGAUAAAAAUUACCCCAAAAAUGGAGGACACUUCCAAAAUGAUAAACUUUAUAAUCCUAAGAAAGAAAAUAUGUUCUUUUCCAAUGGUUGCAACGGAGUUAUUUUGGCCUUCCCUGAUGGUAAAGAGGACUCCUUGGCAACAGAAGAGCGAGCUAGUGACAAAGAGAACAGCAUUGUUGACCAGAGAGACUUAUCAGAACUAUCUUUUUCAGAAAAUCAAGAUUCUAACAGAGGGAAUAUUUUCUCCCAGUCAAGUGAGUUUGAAGACAGUAAUGACUAUGCUUUUUUGAAUGAGACCUAUUCUAUCCAUUAUUCAGAAUCAAAACUCAAGGAUGAAAAUCUUUUGCAUUUAUAUUCAGGAUUACAUCCUGAAGUGCACAAAAGAGUAGAGAUGAUUUUUGACACUUUAGAUAAUAAUAGCAUUGGAUUGGGAAGGAGCGCCGAGGCUUCAGGUGCUGACUGUGGAGACGUGCAGAAGAGUGACGUGGACGAAGACUCGCAGCAGGAGUACCACAGCGCAGAGCUGGAGUGCAUAAGUGCACACUUAGCGAAGACAGUAAGCAGGUCCAGUCUAGAUGUUAGUGAGUUGAAAACAUCAAGCUAUGACUUUAAAUGUGGUGGCAAUUUCGAAGAUAAUCAUGGUAAAUUAGAGAGUGGUCCUAGCCCCUCUUUGGAGUCCCUUAAUGGUUUUGCACAAGAAUGUUCACUCCAAGUCUCUACAUCUCAAAGUUCUGAUAUGUUACAAGAAUAUCAUGAGCCAAAAUAUGAAAAAUGUAAGGAACAAGAGGUUGAUUUAACAUAUCAUAAAGCAUUUGAUGGCAUUUUACAGAGAAGCAGCUCUCCCUUAAACCAUCAGAAAGUACCUGAAACUCAAGUGUAUACUAAAGAAGUGAAAUCUCAAACAACUGAAAGUAAAGACUUUUAUGGAAAUAGAAUUUUCCAGAACAAAGCAUUACAGCGCCCUGAGAAUGCUACCAUGUUUCCCCAAGACCGAGCCCUUGAGACACACCUGAAGGCUAAUGAUGCUCACCAGCCGUCUGGGCCUUGUGCUCUGGAUGACUCGGUCAUUUCUCUCUGUGGCUCUUCACAAUACAAAAGCCUCCCUGAGCCGGGCUUUUUCUCUCCUGUGAUACCAAGGGUGGCAGUCACAGAUUACCAGGCAGAAGUAGAGGGAAGCUGCCUACACCACGUACAAGGCAGUGCCACAAAUAAGGCAUGCUCGCUGAUGAAAGAAGUGUGUCUUACGUCAGUGCCAGAUGCAGCAGCAUGUAUAGCUGCAGUUCAGCAGACACUGCAUGUGAGCAGCAGAGUGAAUGCAAGCUCUUCCAUAGUGUCUGCAUCAAGCAUCACAGAGACAAAGAUGGUGAGGCAGAGCCAAGCUGAGGAGUGGCAAAGUGACAAACGAAGCGUGGCCUGUAACACCGCCUGGUCGUGUGGGCAGCAGUGCAGAGACGCACAGAGAGCUGCCCCAGGAAGUGACUCAGGAAGGCCUCUCUCAACUGGCUGCUUAAAGCCUAGUGGGAACUCCCUGAAUGAGAAUUCUUUGGAGUUAAGAAAAGUAUUUGAUACCACAGACAGACAGAAACACUGUAACAGGGCAUUUCAGCUCUGUGAAGAGAAGGCUGUGCCAUCCAGGUGCUGUCAGAAGACCACUGAGAGGGCUAUAAAGGCAGAGAUGCACCUUCUGGAUGUUUGCUACCAGAUGUGCCAUCGACACUGUCACCACAUUUACAAACUUGUAAUGGAAAGUAGAGCGGGACUCAAUAGGAAUUUACAAACUGAUUCUGCUAAGAAGGAGUUAGGCGCAGCACUGCUGUCUGUUUUGGAAGACUUGAAACUUAGAUACAUGAACUUGAAAGGAAAAGUCCAUAAGGGCAUACCUCUGGAAGAGCUGCCUCCACUGUCGGUGGAGUCCAAACUCUUAUCUGCCUUCUCCGAUUUUGUUUCCAGGCUAAUGAAAGACGAAGCAUGCAGCCUUUCAGGAGCAAAUUCUGAGCUGGAUAAUCAAAGCCUACCUGAUGUUGAUGUUUCUCCAGGCCUACUAAAAACAUUGUCCCAGAUGUCUUUUAUACCUGACAGUAGUCAGCCUGAACAAGGUAAAUCACCCAUGAGCGAUGUUUGUAAAAAUGGUGAUACAGACAUAGGCUUUAAUUGCCUGAAGCUCAAUGACAAAGAGUGUAAAACCGUCCAGGAAGCAAGUGAAGACUGGUUUGAUGCCACAGAGAGGCUGAUUGGAGCUGACUUCUCAGAAACUCAGGACAGCACAGCGGAAUGUGAGGAAUGGCAGCCAAGGAAUCCAUUAGAAUUGAAGAAUAGUGAACUGCAUGGAAAAGGUCAGGGCUUUUUGAUACACGUCGGUGGUCUUUGCCCUUCUGUGUCUGAGGCUGAUUUAAGGUCUCAUUUCCAGAAAUAUCAAGUUUCUGAAAUUUCAAUUUAUGAUUCUACUAAUUACAGAUAUGCGUCUCUUGCUUUUGCAAAAAACAGUAAUGCGAAGAUGGCUGUGAAGGAAAUGAAUGGAGUCAAAAUCAAUGGAAAAUCUGUGACCGUGCGGCUUGUGAAAAUCCCUGGAGAGUACACACCACCACCUCUUUCCACAACUGGGAAUAGCACUAGUAUGAAUCAUUUGGAGAAAAAUACCAACAAAGAUGCCACCUCAGCCUCUUCUAUUUGUAGACUGCCCAGAGCUAAGUCAAGGCAGCUGGAAUCUGAGCAAGACAGUGAGUUUCCUCCCUUGGACCAGGGUGUCAAGAAAAAUUGUAACCAGAUGAAAUCUGGUCAGUUAUUACCUGAGACACCUUUUCAGUUCAUACCCCCAAAUACAUUGAACCUUCGUAGUUUCACCAAGAUCAUGAAGAGACUGGCUGAACUGCACCCAGACAUCAGCAGAGAUCACAUUAUAGAGGCUCUUCAGGAAGUGAGGAUAAAUCAUAAAGGUUUUCUGAACGGUUUGUCCAUCAAUACCAUUGUAAAAAUGGCUUCAUCUUUUCUGAGAAACUCUGCUUUGAAAUAAAUGAAGCAAUACAGAGAAAGUCUUUGGAAAGUAUGAGGACCCUUCAUCAGAGGAAGUUCUACAGCAAUUUGGAAAAAGCUGAGGGUAAUACAAUCAGACAGCUUUGUAAUUGGACCUAACCCUUUAAGUAUUCUGAUAGUCCUUUAAAAGCUGGUGACAACAGAUAGAUAUUAAAAUCUGUAUGUAUGUUUUAUGUUUAUAAACUUCAUUUCAAAAUUAUUACUCAAGACUCCAAGCUGUAUUUUGAAUUUAAAAAAAUGUGGUCAUGUCCAUUUAUAAAUCAUCAUUAAUAAGUCCAUUUGAAAAAUAUUGUCCAGAAAAAGUUUAUUGCCACUAUUUCAAAGUUCAUUACACAUGUAAAAAACUAUGUGAAAUCUUUACACAAUUCUUAUGUGAAAAAUGGGAUUUCUAUGUAGCUAGUUUCAGCUUUUCAGACAUAGAUUGGAGUACGGGGUUCAGAUAAGCUGAGUGUAGUGAGCAGAGAGGUGCUGCAGUGUGAGAGGUCACCAUGUUCCGGCCUGGGGUUUGCUAUGUUCUGUUGUACUAGAGUACAAGCUGAAUCCCUUUCUAAUAGUAACUAACACACCGCUUAAAGCUGCAUUUGUACUUUUCAGAUGUUUACAUUGUUUCUACCCAGUGCUUCAUUGUUGUUUCUUGAUUAAGAUUACCCAUUAAGCAUUUCUAUUUGAUGCCUUUGUGUUUAAUAAAAGUGGUUAGCUCCUCUCUCA